AUGGCGGUCCCUGGCAUCAUCAUGCGUUUUGCUCAGCCCCGUCCAGGUCGUGAUGAAGUCCCCGAGAGCAGCUUGGCUCCCCCAGCACCGGCGCCCAACGUCGAAGCAUUCUACAUGUUCGAGGAGCAAGACGGUUUGCAGCCCAAGUACAACACGACCUACUUCCUAAGCGACAUCACCCCCGUUCUGAACGAUCCCGAGUUCUACAAUGACGAUGUAAAGGCACACUCUGAACAAUUUGCGUCAAUCGCAUGGGAGGUCUGCGGCUUCCUCAACGGGCGAGACACGAGCGAGGCCAAGGAACUCUCGUCGGAGCCCCAUAUUCUCCCCAAGCCUCCUGCUAUCGGCUCGACACUUGUCAGCAACGGUGGCACCCCAGGCCCGGGCUGGGAGCAAGACUAUGUCGAUUGGUACACCACUGAGCACAGCGCCAAGUUGAGUCUGGUCCCAGGCUGGAACAACUGCCGACGCUACCGGCACGACCGUACCUACGGCGAGGUCGACGUUGCCACUUAUUACGGCUGGAACUACUAUGACGCCGAGAACGGGCUCGGGGGACCAGUGUGGCAGGACAGUCUGACGGGCUGGACCAUAGAAGUGCGGAAGAGGGCUGCGAAGCCGAAUCUCCGCCGCGUCUGGAAGGUGGUAAAGACCAAUCAUCCAUGA